CAAUCAUUUUAAUAAAUAAUAGUUUGCAAUAUAAUAUAGACAAUGUUGGCUACAAAUAAAGUAAACAAAAUAUGCCAAAUAUGUGGUGACAAUAAAGGAGUUGCCACUCGAGUGUCCAUUGGAAGGCAACUGUCAUAUAAAUUCAGUGACGAGAAAGAGUUUAUCAGAAAUGAUGAGCAAAAUAGGAUACGAAGACAAUUAAUCCGAGAAAAUAAACUCAAACAAAAUGAAUGCAAUGAAAGCGACAAUUCUGUGGACACUUCCAGUGAUAACAAAAAUAGUGAACUAGUUUUACACAAAGACUUUUUACACGAUAUAAUUGCCAACACAUUGGAGUUGAGUGAUGAAGACCUGACGGAUCGGAUCUCAGAGAUUGAGAGUUAUCCGGAUAUCCGAGUUGUUAAGCGCCACCACUAUAUUGAAGUCAUCCACGACUAA